AUGGCUCCCAAGACUGGCCGGACGAGUGGGGCCAAGAAGGCGGCCAAGGCAAGUGCCAAAGCUAAGGCUGAGGCCACGGCGGCUGAGGCUGCCGAGGUGGAGUCUGGGGACUUGGCCAUGGAGACCGGGCGUGAAGCCGUGAAAGAGGCCCUGGACUUUUUGAAGAAGAAGAAGCUCUUUCCGGCUAAGGCGGAGAAGGUCGGCACUCACUCCAUUCUUCCAGAUGCCUGGCAGGGCUCGAGCCUGAAAGAGGCCUCCACAUUCUCAGCGAGCCUGAAGGACGUGGACGUGCAGUCCCUGGAGGUGCCACCGCCUGAGGUUCUGUCUGAAGCGGCAUCGUUCUGGUUCGAAGGGAGGUCUGAUGAUACUCUUUACGUCGCGGCGACGGUGACGUCUGAGACGACAAAGCCAGGCGAGAUUGUGCUGUCGCCUGAGGACCAUACCAAGGUCGCGGCUCUGGUAUGGGCCUUCGGCAAGGCGGCGGCUUCGUCUGACAGCGACCUCUGUGAGAAGUACCGCCGCCUGAGCAGCCGCAUCGUGAUCUCCAUGGUGCGUGGCAAGGCGUCUGACCAAGCAGGGACCGUGGUCAGUCUGAUCCAGGCAUCUGAGGACAUCGGCAAGAAGGCUAUGGAGUGUUCCAAUGCGAUGCCGUUCAACCUCGCCUCGCGUCUCACGAGGAUCCGGGCCGCUUUGUCAGCACAACACAAGGCCUCCACUCACGAGGAGGUGUUCUUGUUGUUGAAGAACAUCUGCUGGAACGGCGAAGCCUACAAGGUGAAGACAUCUGACCAGGUGCAAAAGCUCACCACUAUGCUUGACAAGACGAAUGCGGCCGGCAUGACUGAGUCCUUGAAGGCGUGCCAGUAUGUGAACAAUUCGACCACGUGGUUGGGCAAGUGGAGCAUCGAGAUGCGGGAGGACAGCAGCCUGAAGGACCAUUUGGGUGUGUCCCUGUCGACCAACACCCACAUGCGUGACUUGAACAGGGACCAGGCGAUGCAGGCGACAGGGAUGCUGCAUCUGCGGUUCGUCGUGCUGGAGCGGCUGAGCCAUCUGCCCAUCCCGGACGAUGCACCUGACAAGAAGACGGCCAUGGAGUUUCAGAAGUCUCUGCAGCGGUGUCUGAAUCCGAAGGAGUGGGCUCAGCAAGGCGGCUUGGUAUCCGUCGCGGCCUUCAGCGAACCGCCGUACUGCAGUCUGAGUAAAAGGAUUGCAGGAAUGCUCCGGGGCGAUGACGAUGAGCUCUUCAGCACUGCUGUCACUUCCGGGCAGAAGGAGGAGUUUGGACCCAUCCUGGAGCUGCUGACCAGGUACAGCGACGAGUGGAAGAUGAAAUUGGGCCGUCUGAAGCCUGAGCCGCCGCUUGAGACCAAGCCUUCUCGUGAGCUGCUGCCCGAGACGGAUCCGACGACUGAUACGUCUGGGACUGGGACGAGCCGCACGGCUGAACAACUCCGCGAAGUGCAGCUCAAGCGGGCGGUGGAUGAGGAAAUGGCGUUCUACGUGCACUUCGUCCAGUCUGACAUACGAAAUCCUUCCGCUGCCUGGGCUGACGGCCUGAAGCAGCAUCAGCUGAUGCAGAAGGCGGAGCCGGUGUUAUUCACCUUCGACUCCUCGCUGGUCGCUGAAAACGGAGGCUACAGCCGCGUGCACAACGUGUACCAGCGACCGGCCGUCUUCGAGCGUGGCCUGUACGACAACUGCUUCCGAGUGUACGAGGCGGCUUCCAAGGACGAGGACCGCUGGCUGACCUUUGAUAGCGGCGUGCAGAAGGCCUCGAACACCAUCCUGAGGUCUUUCAAGAAUCAUGGCUUGACGCCCCAGAGCAUUAUUCUGAUCGGAAGCGAAGAAAGUGUUCAAGGGCGGAAAGACUACUUGCGGGAGGAGAGGAACUGCAAACGGCGGAAGACGGGAACCGCUGGAAGUCUCAUCAGCAUCGCCGGGGCCAGGGAGACAAUGUACUUCGGGUGCAAGUCUGAACCGCUGCCUGCCAAAGAGCACAAAUGGCUGGCGAGUGAUGGCGUGGUGAGCACCGCCUGUCCUGUCUCGGUGCUGCCGAACGUGCCCUUGCCUUUGCCUGACACCCUGAUCCCGUUGACGGUGAGCCAGAAGAAGGAGGUCAUCCCUUUGGUGUGUGGCAAGGGUGUGACCGACAACGGCGGCCAGGUGGCACCGGCUGAGCACGUGGAGGACACCGACACAGUCCCUCUGGUGCACUUCGAGAGGAGCUGCUGGCUGUGUCGCAAGUUUGAGUCCAUUGUCUGGGUGUACCGGAUGCUGCUGCACACGGUCUCGCCCAUUGCCUGUGUCGUGAACUUUUCUCCGGGGUCGGGGUGCCUGAGCGUCGUCGCCGCAGAACAGCGGGUCCCGUGCAUCAACGUGGUGAGGACGCCUGAACAACGGCAGAUGCUCCAGAGCAUCAUCCGGCAGGAGCUGGCUGGUCGCGUCAAGAACGCCAACGACCAGCGUUUCUACCGCAUGCCCGAGCAGCAGAGGGCUGAGCCUGAGAGGCCGCCUGUCUCGACAGCGGUUGGCUCGCCAGCGGUUCCGGUUCCCCCGCCUGAAACAACGACGGUGCCCCCGCCUCAGACAACGACGGUGCCACCGCCUCAGACAACGACGGUGCCACCGCCUGUGAAAACCACGGAUGUCUCGUCACCGUCUGGUGAGUCUGACAGCAGCUCAGGCGAGGACGUAGAAAAGUAG